AAAAAAUUUAAGUGCUUAACAUAAGCUAGAAGACCAAGACAUCACUUAACUUAAUACUCUGCUGAGAAUUUAGAAGUUUUUUUCUCCAAUAAUGACUGAAAACAGACAGUUGAACUUCCCUGAACAUGACAACAAUGAUGAAGAUUGUGACAUACUUUACACCAGAACUCUACGAAAAAAAGGACCCAAAAUAAAAUUUGAGGUUUCAACUGAUAUCAAUAAAAAAUUACUCAAGAGUAAGACUUGGAAACCCAAAAAAUCUGUUACAAAAAAACCAACUGUACAGGUCGCUUCCGCUCAUGUCGACAUCAUAGACAUCUUUAACAUCAUCGACACAUAUGACAGAGCAGGACAUGCCAGUGCAGAAUCCACAUUUGCUCGAUGUGGAACAUUUACAACAAAAGGUUUUGAAAACAAAUCAGGGCAGAGACUUUCCAAAGCUGGAGUUUAUGCAGAAGCAGGAGUGGGUCGUGCUCGUGCUGAAUUCAGUGUAUUUGAUGCAGAAGCUAACGGUCCAAACGCCUCAGUCUCAGCUAUAGCAAGCCUAGGUUCGGUUGGAGUCAGUGCGAUGGCUCGAGCUGAAAUCACCAGUGUAUCUGCCAGAGCCGGUCCAGUUGGUGUGAAGCUGGGGCUAGGAGUCGACACAGGUGCAUCUAUUGGUUUGGGUGGAGUGGAGGCCAAAUUCCUCGGAACUGGAAUCUCAAUUGGUCCAAAAACCAGUGUUUCUGUCCUGGGUUCAGAAGUGUCAUGUUCUGUGAUGUAGCAAUAGAGAUAUUUAUCAUAUUGUUCUUAUUUUACUUAUAAGAUACAACUUCACUUAUUUUCUGAACAGUUUUGAUAAAUAUUGAAUUAUUAAACUAAUGAUGUUUCUUUACAUUUUCUAUACACAGAGCAUAAAUUCAUUGCAUUUUUCUGUUCUCUUUUGAUUGACAUGAUAUUAUUGGCCAUGACUAUUGGUUGGUGAAAAAUUGCUUUUAUUGACCGAUACGAUUAUUGGCCGAUAUUUCAGUGCAUCUCUAAUUUUAAUGUUAAAUGGGUAAAAAAGCUAAGAGUACCACAUGUGUAGAAUGUCAAUUAUUUUCCCAUUCAAGUGUGGAAAUAAAUUC